GCCUCCUUUUCGUUCUCCCAGUUGCUUCAUGCAAAUUAAGCCCUCAGUCCACCUCCAACUUAUCCCUCCGAGUCUUACUCUUGCUCCUACCCCAAGCGUGGGAGGUGGGUCUGUCGCUCUUUGCGAGAUUCGUUGAAGUGUCUACGCCGAAGAGGGGAGGUUUCGACUUCAUCCGCAUGGCGAAGCAGGGUGGGAAGGAGAUCACUAAAAGGUCGAGAGCUUCCAAACCCAAGGUCACCACGGGGUGCCUCACUUGCAAGACCAGACGGGUAAAAUGUGACGAAGGAAAGCCAAGUUGCCACAGAUGCAAGAGCACGGGCAGAAAAUGUGAUUGGAAAAGGUGCACAAUCCCAGCAUUUGGGUCAUACGUGGCAACGGCUGCAGUAUGCCUCCCCCUCCGGCAAUUUCCUGGAACCUUGGUAGAAAGCAAUCAUUUCCAGUUUUUCUGCACCAAGACUACUCUCCAAUUAUCCGGUUUAUUUGGAUGCACUUUCUGGAACCAGGAAGUGCUACAAGCAUGCGUUUCUCAACCGGCCAUCUGGCACGCAGCUGUGGCAGUUGCAGCUCUUCAACAAGAACGUAGUGCCACAGUUCAUAAGGUUGUUGAGGAUGACGAGCAUCUAAGUGAUUUUACACUUAAUCAGUAUGUCAAGGCAAUGCAACAUCUAAGGGGAUUCUAUAGUAAGGAUCAAAGACCAACUGCAGAAGUCGUUCUUAUUUGCUGUAUAUUCUUCAUAUGCUUUGAAUCUCUCCGCGGCCACCUCGCUACCGCCCUUGUUCACCUCAAUUAUGGCCUACGAUUACUGUCAGAGAUUGAGCCAGAAGACCAGAAGGACCCAUCGGCUCCUGCCCGCCUUCUCUACUCCCAUAACUCGUUCGCAUCGCUCGAAGACCUCGCUCUCAUCUUCACCCGACUUGAUACACAAGCAAACCAAUUACUCUGGAACCGCAAGCUCACCAAAAAUUCCAGGCUAGAAGAACUCACGUUCAAAGCCGUACGACACAUUCCCACACCCUGUACCAGUCUCGAAGAAACAAGACGCAUCGCAGACCAAAUUUGGAAUUUCUGCCUCUGCUCUCUCAAAUCCCCGCAAGAGAACACUUCUGUGCGUGCCGGCGACACCCGCGCUGCGACACUUCAACUAUGUUCGACAAAAUUUAGUCAAUCUUUCGCAGCCUUCGAACGUUUCAUGGAGCACUCGGGCAGUAACUUAGAUGCCAAGGGAAGACAAGCAGCAAACGCAAUGAAGAUCUGCCAUCUCGUUGCCUCGAUGUGUCUCAUGCCAGAGCACCAAAACGACAGGGAUAACGAAGAGGUCUUCCGUAAUUAUGAGAAGCAGUUCUCGGAGAUCAUUUGCCUUGUGACGGAUAUUAUUGACUCUUCCGCCGACGAGUCGUUGGGUGGGGAUACGGUUCGCUUCACGCUUGAUGGGUGUGUUCUUGGUCCACUGUUCUUUGUCGCAGUGCGGUGUCGUCAUAAGAUAUUGCGAAGGAAGGCUAUCUCGUUGUUGAGGCUGUCGAGAAGACUUGAGGGUCUCUGGGAUAGUUCAUUCUUGGCGCAAGUCGCAGAGAGUGUAAUGGAGAUCGAAGAGAGGGGAAGUGAUGAUGGUGGGAGCGAGGCGAAACCGCUAAGGAUUUCAGAUAUCGAUGUUGAGUUUGAUCAUGACAGACGGAGGGCCUUGGUGAGCUAUAUCGUGAAAGGCUGGGAAGAUUCAUCAGAUGCAGAGAUCCGAGCAAGGGAAGAUGUGGUUGUGUGGUAGCCCGGCUGGAGUUGGUUACCUGGAUGGCUUGAAAAAAUUCGAGUUCUGUCAAGAAUUGGGCCUUGUGACAAGGGAAAGACGCCAUCUAGUCUUUAUUGGUGCAUUGUGAGACACUGUGUGACUAGCUUGGCAGACUUGCAUGCACCAUCCACGAUCUCUUGGGGCUGAGGGAUGAGGCUGAACAAGCCUUUCAGCUGAACACUUCCCACUAUCUCUUUUAAGAACAAUUCUUCCAGCACAUUAAUUCUCCUGACACACAGAGGCAGAAGCUAUGCCUCCAUUCUCUUACGACCAACCCGCUCCAGAAGGAGACGAGUCGUCCUAUGAUAUUCCC